UUGGUAGUACCCUUAGAAAAUUAUGUUAUCGCAGUAAAAGCUUCAUAAUAUGUGUAAAAUGAUAGUAUAUUAUAGAAAUAAGUGUCAUUCAAUGUGAUAUAAUCUUGUUAAGUCGACCAGAUUAAGGGUACAUCGCAUUUUGAUCAAGGCUCCGAAAUUUCCUUACGGAGCUCUCUUCAGACGAGAGCGGCAAACAACAAACGCCGGUGUCUGUCUGUUAUUGAAGGUUCAGCGUAAUAGCUUGCUGCUGGUAUCCAACCACAACCAACCAAGAUGCCCACUCCUGGAUGCAACUGGCCAGUGAGUCCUGUCGUGCACAGCAUGCCGAAACUUAUCCCUCACUGCCAGGAGACUUUGGGUGCAAAAAGAAAGGCCGAUACUUAUGAAGAGGAUACAAAUAUGAUGGAGUUUCGCACGAAGCGGCGAAGAUGCUGGUUCCAGAAUGCUGGCUUCGGCGAUUCCGUGGAGGCUGAGGAGGAGGAGAUUAACCAUAACAACGCAUUGAUGACGACUCUCCACUCAAGCCAUGCUGAGCCACAGGCUUUGCACGCAGUCGAAGUCGAUGCUAGCCACGAAAUGGAGAUGGAUGAUGGUGCAGCUGGGGAUUGUGUGGUUGAGCAAGUUAGGGACUCUGCACUGCCCUCACCACCGCUUAAGGAACAGGAGGCCUGUGAUGGCAUGGACAGUGAUUGCACUCAUAAUCCUACUCAGUACAAGUCUCCAAAGCCAACGUCGAUGUGCCAAGAGUAUUGUGGAGAUACCAGCCCUACCAGCGGCAAAGUGCGAUGUUACUGCAAACCUUCAUGGGAAGGCCUAAUGUAUCUUAGACCAUUUGAUACUGAUAUUUAUUAACGUAUCAUCUUGUUUGCAACUGUGUUUGUCCCCGUGGAAUGACAUUUGUCUUUUUAUUUUAUAUACAAUAAUUUUAUUGUGUAAGUAUUGUGUAAUUGUUGAAUAUGUGGUAGAGUGCGUGAGUGUAUGAUUAAUUACAGGUGUGAUAGUAUAUAUUGCAGCAGAUAUCCACAAUGUCCCUCUAAGCUUAUGCGAGAUUUUUUAAGACUGUUUGUUCUGGUAAUAUUACACAAAUUCUUGACAUCCCCCCUGAGUUAUCUUUUCCCGUGUGUUACGGAGGAGUACACAUAUUCCAAAUGAUCUUUUAACGGGUGCAGCACGAUAAGCAAACAGCCGAGCAUAAAUCAUUAAAGUACACUGUAAUAAUACAGUUGAUUUACUUAUCCCACUUGGUCCCCAGUAGUGGUGAGUAAAGUGCAAACUUGAUUACGUGAAAACCUCUGGGGCAGAUCAGCCCGUAGCAUCAAACAUCAAACGAUAAAUAACAGGAUAUAGUCGAGAAGUAAUUCUUCACGUUAACUUGGCUGUGACUGGCACAGCUCCCUAUUUCGGCAGUGGCAAGACGGGGUAACUACUCCCAUGCUACUUAUAAGCUUUGUAGUGGUUCAUGUGCUUUGUAUUUCAAUCCAGGCCUGGUGUUUGAAAAAAAUUCAAACGAGGUUUCUCGUCUUCAGAAUGCUGAACUCUUGAGCUUACACUACCAUUAAUUUUCUUAACGGUCUAGGUGAGAUCGGUUUGAAUUGAGCAAAAUAUUUACAUUCGUUGAUAUGAAACUUCAGUGUUGUAUCUUGUUUUUUUUUAUUGUAUCUUAUCAUAUCGCAGCUUAUCAUUUUUUAUGAAAAUGCAUAUCGGUGCAUUGCAGAUUUUAAAUAUACAGGCAGUGGCAGUGGCUUGUGCAAAAUAUUUGGAGAUCUUGAAUAUCGAAACCUUACAUGUAGUGGACAUCUUGUGAAUAAUUACCUCCGCCAAGGGGUUGGCAGGAGGUUAUGUUUUCACCGGCGUGCGUUUGUGGGGUUGUUUGUGUAC